AUGCUAUGCCGUCUGCCCUCCAGGCUGCCAGCCAGGAUGUGGGGCAGAACUUCCCAGAAGCAGUGAUCGCGGAGGAACAGCAGUCAGACUCUUUCACCAUGCCUUAUCCAUAGGCUUGACCAUAUUGUGAUGACGGUAAAGAGUAUCAAAGACACCACCAUGUUUUAUUCCAAGAUCCUGGGCAUGGAAGUCACAACUUUCAAGGGUGACCGGAAAGCAUUGUGUUUUGGAGACCAGAAACUGAACCUCCACAAGGUGGGAAAGGAAUCUGAACCCAAAGCUGCUCACCCAGUUCCUGGCUCCGUGGACAUAUGCCUGAUCACAGAGACACCUUUGGAGGAAGUGGUCGCCCACCUCAAAGCUUGUGAGGUUCCCACUGAGGAGGGUCCGGUCCCCAGAACAGGGGCAAAAGGACCCAUUAUGUCCACCUACUUCCGAGACCCUGAUGGAAACCUGACUGAGGUGUCCAACUAUAUCUCCUCAUUAUUGAGGCUGGCCCUCCUCCAUUCUGUUCCCUGCCGUGUCUCCCUCUCCCUUCCUUCCUGCAAGCUCUUACCCAAGCCCAGAAAUCUCCAAGGAUUGAGGACUUGGGCACUUCACUCUUCCUAG